CAAUUAUUAUAAUCUCUCCUUUCCUUCUUCAAUCAACUUCAACUCCGACCAUGUGUGGCGGUGCCAUUCUCGCCGAUCUCAUCCCUCGUUCCCGCCGGCUCAAUCCCACCGACGUCUGGCCCAACUCCAACAUCUACCCUAAACUCAACCCUUUCCAAUCGGAAUUUAACCAUUUUGUCAGAGAAAUCCCUCCUCGUAAACGAGCUCCUUCAUCUUCAGGUGGUGGGCAUGAAGAUAACAGGAGUGGUAAGAAAAGACAGAGGAAGAACUUGUACCGUGGAAUCAGACAGCGUCCAUGGGGGAAAUGGGCAGCUGAGAUUCGUGAUCCGAGGAAAGGCGUUAGGGUUUGGUUGGGUACUUUCAACACGGCUGAAGAAGCUGCCAGAGCUUACGAUAGAGAAGCUCGAAAAAUCAGAGGGAGAAAAGCCAAGGUUAAUUUCCCAAACGAAGGAGAUUCUUACGAUGAAAACAAUCAUCAACCCCAAACCCUGUUUCAUGGUGAUCUGAAGAAAAGUAGCGGAGUUCAUGAUGAUUCUUCUGUGAGUUUUUCAAUGGGUUCCGAGAACGAGUUUCUUCCGGCAAUGGUGGAAGAAAAAAUGACGAAGACGAAAGCGGAGGCGGAACUUGAAGAGAACGAGGUGCAGAAGCUGUCGGAGGAACUCAUGGCGUACGAAUCAUACAUGAAAUUCUACGAGAUCCCGUAUCUCGAAGGGCAGGCCGUGGAGGCUCCAGCAAAUCCAGACGGCGUUGUUGGCGGUGGUUCGAUUGAGCUUUGGAGUUUCGAUGACGUGUUGUAAACAAAGAAACGUCAUCGUUUCGUGUCUAAAAGAUAGUCAAGUGGUUUUGUUUUAGGGGCUAAUUUUAUUUUCUGGAUAAUUUUGUGUUUAUUUUCCCCUGAAAAAAUGAAUUUGUAAUGUUUAAUGGCAUAACUUUUUGCCCCACAAAAUUAUAUUGCAUUCAUAUGUUUCCAAAUUAAUUGAUUUUUUCCUAUUC